CUUUCGGUUUUCAUUCUUCCUUGAUCACGCUACCCAUUGCCAGCUUACGGUUUUCCUCUAUCUUCUAUUCUCUCACUUCUACCUUCUUGGGACCUUGCACAAUCCUUAAUCAGCCGUUGUCUCACUCGAUCCUCUUCUUGCGUUCGUUAUGCCUCGCAAGGCCAGGGCGAAGCCCACACCCGCCGAGGAGCCUGAAGAACAAAAUGGCGCCGAGUCCGCAGAAGAGGACCUUGCCGUGACAGAGCCUCCUACAAUCGACCCAUAUGAUGUCCUGCAAAUUUCCCAAAGCGCAACCGCAGACGAAGUCAGAUCCGCUUACCGCAAGCUUGCCCUCAGACAUCACCCCGACAAAGCUCGUCCUGAAGACCGCGAAACUGCCCACAAAAAGUUCCAAGAGAUCGCAUUUGCAUAUGCUAUACUGAGUGACGAGCGGAGACGAAAGCGCUAUGAUGCUACGGGGAACACAGCGGAGAGCGCUAACCUGGAAGAUGACGAUUUCAAUUGGGUCGACUUCUUCCGUGAGCAGAGCGCCAACGUGGUGAGCGGAGAAAUGAUUGAGCAAGUGAAGCGAGAAUAUCAAGGCAGUGAAGAGGAGAAGGACGAUAUUCUGGCCGCGUACGAGCAGGGCGAAGGCGACAUGGAUGCGGUUUUUGAGAAUGUCAUGUGUAGUGAAGUCCUGGCAGACGAGGACCGCUUCCGGAAGAUCAUCAACGAAGCAAUCGCCAAGGGCGAAGUGGAGGCUCACGAAAGAUUUACGGAAGAGGGCAAGCAGAGCCGCGAGAGGAGGAAGGCAAAUGCGAAGAGGGAAGAGCAGGAGGCUAGGGAGUAUGCGCGUGAGUUGGGCGUGGAAGACAAGCUGUUUGGGAAGAAGGACGGUUCGAAGAGGAAGUCGAAGAAGGGUGGAGAUGAUACGGAUGCGUUGCAGGCGCUCAUUCAGCAGCGGCAACAGUCACGGGCGCAGAACUUCUUUGAUGAUUUGGAGGCCAGAUACAGUGGUGGCUCGAAGAAGGCCAAGCGGAAGGUCACAGACGAACCUCCAGAAGAAGCGUUCCAGAAGAAUGCAAAGAAGGGCAAAAGAGCUGCAAAGGCUUGAGUGCAAAGGGUGGGUCAGUGCUGAUAUUCUCUUUUCAAAGUGUUGUUCAAAAGCAUUGAGCGUGGCGUUUGGAAGUGCAAUGGAAAUGUAUGUUUGCCCACGACAAUCAUGAAGCAGGGACCUUGCCGCUUGAAAAUGACAAAGGGCAGAUUGGCGUAUACUACGGACUGGGACUGACGCGGUGCACAUAAUUCUGGGACACAAUACUCCAUAGGAGCGUAGAGGGAAAGAUUCUGCUCACCCUCUAUGCACUUCAAUA